AAAAAACUUUAUAAUCAAUAUUAUGGAUGCAGAUAUAUAAAAGGAACGAUUAAGACCAAUUCGUCGCCAUGGGUGUAGCGAUAUAUAGCUAUAUUAAGCAGUGAGUUGGAUAUACACUGUUUUCGAUAUGAUAAUAUCAUUUAUAAUUGCAUUUUUAAUGGAUGAAGGAGUGAAGGUUUUGAAUGAUAAAUAAGGAAUUUAGGAGUUUAUGUUAAUUGUGUUAACAAUUCUAACAAUGGGGAUAAUUUAUUCUUGUUUAAGAGCAACUUUGAUUGAUCCUACUGAUAGUGUAGUUUUGAAAGAGUAAAACUUUAAAUAGAAAGGGUGAAUUUUUAUUUUUCAUUUUUAGAUUAGAAUUUAAGACAGAUCUUAAGACAUAUUGUUUAGUAUGUCAGGCACAUGUAAUGGAAAAGUCUAAACAUUGUUUUAGUUGUAAUAAGUAACAUAUUAAAUAAUAAGGUGUGUUGAAGUAUUUGAUCAUCAUUGUAUAUGGUUAAAUAAUUGUAUUGGCAUAAAGAACUACAAUUACUUUUUUAUUUUAGUGAUUCUGCUUGUAAUAUUCAAAUGCCUUAGAAUUAUUUAAGACAUCCUCCUUUUACUAAAUUAUGCAUUCUAAAUUCUUGCUUUAAUAAGUAUAAUUCUUGACCCUCCAAUCCUUUUUGUUCUUUCUUAUUUAUUGGGAAUGCACCUUUUCUUUAAGUAACUAUAAUCAGUCUAAUAAAGAUAUAAAGGUAUUUCUACUUAUGAUUGGAUCAAGAUGAAAAAAGACAAAGAAAAAAUGAAAGCUUAAUAAUAGUAAUAACUCCCAAAAAUGAAUGAAAGUGCUGGAUAUGGAUAAUUAUUAUCCACAUCUAAACGUUUCGAUUUAAAAUCCUCACUAUCAAAUAAAAUAGAUAAUAAACUUCCUUAAUAAAACUUCUUCCCAAAACCUUUACCAUUAUAAGCUCUAAAGAAUCAUAAUACUUCAGGUCCAUAAGUUACUCAACUAUAGAGUAUUUUUACUAAUAAACCUACAUCACCUAAUAAUGAAUAAUUAAGAAAAGAGGAUGAAGAAGUUGAUGGAAGAUAGAUCUUUAAUAAAGUAAUUGUAGAAGAUAGUGAACCUCAAUAAAAUAGUGAUUCAAGAGAUGAAGAAAAUGACAAUGAUCAUGAAAUUGAUAAUGAUAAUGAUAAUUAAAAUUAAUAAUCUGGAAAAGAAUAAAAUUGA